CCAAAUUAUUUGUUAUAUGUACUGUCCAAUGAGUGCCACGAACAAAGAAAUCGGCGAAGCGAGCUUGACAGCAGAGCGAAUUAGACACAGACACCAAUAUGAUUUCCUCAUAAUGUUAUUAGAAAGAUGCGACAGUUCCCCAAGGGAGACGAAAAGCGAUUACUCCAUGACCCGCAUCAAUUUCAAUUCCACGGGAGAGUUGGAUGCUUCCAUGGCCGAUUCGCUGCCCACCAGGUCGACUGUGACUCGCCUACCUGCGGGAGCAACUUGCAGCUGUCGUUCCAUUUCGGAACGCUCGGAACCCGCUGCCAUCGUCUCGGAAUCAACCCAAACCAUCGCUUCCACUGAGGACAUGGGCACUCAAACCGGCUUCCAGACGGAUCCCAAUGAGGAUUUCAAUUUCGGCCAAGAUGCAUCCACGCAAUCUAUGCUUAAUAUGCAGGAUGCAGAAACACAAUCGAUUCCAGUAUCGACCGAAAACCUUAACAGCAUACAAACACAAACGGAAUAUAAAGAACCAAAGACUUUCAGAUUUCCGUCGAAAAAAUAUUCGAAGACUGUGCAUGAAGAAGAAAAACCUAGAAAAUCGUUGCGCAAAUGUUUCUUUAAGCGCCCACUAAUCGUAGUUAAAGGCGACACUCUUAUAUCUCCCGAUUUUUUCCAUCAAAGUAGAAUGGAGAACGUAUCAGGCACUACUAGAAAAGAAGAUAAAGAAACCCAAUAUAAAAACCAUUUCGGGACACAAUCAAAUAGUUCCGACGAUAAGCCUUCAAAUUCAUCGACGUGUUCAAAAAUCCUCGAUAGAGUACAGAAAUUGGAAACCAUAAUGAAGAGACAGGAGCUUUCUCUAAGGGAUCUACAGGGCUCUGUGAAAUCGUGGAAGGACCAGGAAUGCAAACCCUCUGAUUGUAGGAUCAUAUUUCAAGGUCAACCGCAAGCUUGCGAAUUGCCAAAAAAACUAGAAACAUCUGACCAGGCAUCCCAGAUAAACGAUAUAAACGAGGAACGCAAAUUGCCAAUAAAACCGGAAGUUUUUAACCAGGCAUCCCAGAAAAUAUAUACAGCUCGUUCCGAGGAACGCAAAUUGCCAAGAAAACCUGAAAAAUUUGACCAGGCUACACAAAAAAAAGAUACAGCUAGUUGCGAGUGCAAAACGCUAUCCAAAGAAUUUCUUCAAAUAUUUUUGAAGCCUGAAACUGCUGAAGACGAACAGAAAUCAAAUAAUUCUCAACGCACCAGGGAUACCCCAAUAAACUCGGAAAAAUCAACUGGUCUACAAUGCAGUAGGGAAAGCAAUGCAAAUAAUCGGAGGUGUUCUAAGGCGAAUGAACAUGAAGUAUCUCUGAAAGAUGCCCAACUCCCAACUGCUACACAGUACUUGAAAGAUACCGAAAAUUUGCUGGAACAAUUUAAUCGAGUUUUUGCUAAAACAAAAAGCGAAGAAACAAUUUGCGACAAGUCUAGAAAUAUUUCAGAAUCUAAACAUCUCGGAAGGCCAACAUCCGCAGAUCCCACGAAACAAAAUGAUACUGAACAAAGGGUUGAAAACUUACUGGAUGAAUUUGUUAAAUUUGUUAAAGAACCCAAAGACGAUUCACUAGGUGCAAGAAAGGUUUCCUCCACAUCUUGCUUGGAGUCGAAAAGUUCCAGACAAUCCAAUAAAACUGAGGAGAAAGAAGUAUACAAAUCCUUGAUUGAGCAGCUUAUAAGUCAUUUCACAAAAUCCAAGUCGUGUGAAAAUAAUCAGGCGCGGAAGGCCCAAUCAGAGUCCUCCUCAUUCGAUCGCUUACUGGCGGAAUUCGUAAAAAUGUUUAAGAGAUCCAACAGCCUGGAGGAGGACAGACCCAAAAAGGUGAGCUUCAAUUGUUCGAAAGCUCCUCAAAAUGUUAAAUCCACUGCAAUGCAAUCGGAACUUAAGAUGUCGGAUAUGGAGUUGGAUGCGAACGGACGUAGCGGUUUCUGUCAACUAGAAGGAAAAUCUAAGCCAAGUGCAAUUUUUAGGAACACCCAGAGGAUGGAUAAGUCGCCGCCACGUGGAUGUCAAUACUGUGGCGAUGACAGUCUGCCCAUUCUGGAUUCCUUGAUGGAUGAAGUAUUUCGGCUGAUUGGGCCGAGGCCCUUCGAUGAAGUGGUCCUGACCAUACGGCGUCAAGAGGAAAAUGUCUACCACAUCAAGGUGCGUGAGAUGGCUACCGGAAAGGAUCUAGGCUGCAUUCUGGGAAGUCGAGGGGCCAUCAACCAAGCUAUCGCGAUAGGAUUAUUCGAGGACAUUCACACGUUCUGUGAGCUGGACAAAAACAGGCAGUACGAUCCCAGGGACUGUCCACUGGGCUCCAGUCUGGACGAACUUUGCCGUCGACAGUGCGGCGGUGAGAUUGCACCAGCUGGAAGUGCCGACAAGCAAAGAGUCAUCGAAUUUUGCACUCGUGUGCUGGGUCUGCCCGCUGGUCAAGCGGACCACUUCUUCUCCGUGACCAACGCCCUAAAAAUGGACCCAUCAUUUGAUUUCUCCAGUUCAUUGCUCCGUCAUGCCGGAAAUCUAGAACUCACUGGCCAAGGAGCGGAUUUGAGCGAUGUGGUCAAGACAUCCAGUUUAUUCCUACGCAUAAUUUCUGGCCAGUGUAAUGACGUUCAAGAUGAUGAAGAGGAUUCAUCAUAUGAAUUCGAUAGCAAUAAUGCACCUUAGCUUUGUUACCAUUUAAAUUUCCCAUAAG